AUGUCUGCAAUAUCAGAAAUUGGCAAUGAUAAACAAAGUAUUGAAACAUCACUCAAUGGUAUUCACAAUCGUUUAAAAUGUUACACAAAUGACCAAAUCACUAUAGUUGACGAUAUGAUGUCAACAGUUGAAUCAUUCUAUAAAACGGAAAAACAUACACACGAGAAAAUGAACGCUAGCUUGCAAAAGUCGCUAGAACAUGCACAAGGCAUGUCCUAUCUCGGGCCAAGUAUUAUUGGCUCGAGCUGGACAACAGCAUUAAAGGAAUUAAUGGAACAUUAUGCUCAACGUGAGGCAUCACAUCCUGUACUUAAACAAGUUAUUUUAGAAAAUUUAAAAAGAAUUAGAAAUGAAAAAGUAGACGAACAUAGUAAAGUUUUACUCUAUGACGAUGAAAUAAUGAAAGAAAUGGUUGACAUUGAACGUCGUACAAUAAAAUCGAAACGUACAUAUGAUGAUGCAUGUGAACGAUUACGACAACAUAUUAAUUCAGCUAAAGAGAAAGAAAGUAGCAUCAAACGAAUUAAAGAAAAAAUGUUGCCAAAAAAUGAACUGGAAAGACUUGAGAAUGCUGUUGUUGACACUCGAAAUAUGUAUAUUUUACAUGUUCAACAAAUGAAUUAUGCAUUAAAGUUUUAUAUUGAACAAUUUAUCAUUGAUCUCGACAAAUUACUUGUAUGUGAUAUUUUUCCACAAAUCGAACAAGUACUCGAGGAUCUUGUCUAUAUUGAAUAUAAGCGUCUUCGCGAUACACUUCAACGUGCUAUUCAUGUGGCUGCUCAAGAUGGCGACGAACAAAAGCGCCGUUUAUUACCGAAAACAUUUCAAAAUUAUCCUUUAGUUCUUGUAGCCAAUCAAAGUGAUCAAAUUAUUACCGAAGAGAAACAUCAUGGCCAAUUUUUAUCAUGCUAUCAAUCAGCUGCAAAUGAUUUACGUGAUGUAGAUCAACAAAUUCAAUUGGCUUUAGAAAGUUCACUACUUAAUGCACAACAGAACAAAGAUUCACGGAUCGAUGCAGCAAAAAUUAAACUUAAACGAAUGGAAAUGCGCAAAACAAUGGUUUCAUUUAUAAUUGAUUCAUUAGAAACAUUAGUUCCUGAAAUAAAAACAAUAUCGGCAUCAGCUCGCACUGCUGGAUCGAAAUUAAUAGGAAGUCUAAAGCCAUUUAUUUCAAGUUCGAAAACGGAAAAUACAGCAAAUAAUAUUGGGAAUCCAAUAGGUGAUGCUAAUGUAUCAACAACUCAGAUCGAAAAUGAGCCUUCGUCAAAGAACCAAGUUCCAUCACCUAUGUAUCCAUGUCAAGCGAUUGUUUUAUAUGAUUUUGAAGGUACAAAUGAUGAUGAAAUGUCUGUUCGAAAGGACGAUAAGAUAUUUAUCGAAUCGAAACCUGAAUAUGAAGGUUGGCUUGUUGCUAAAGGACGCGAACGAUCAGGUCUUGUACCCGAAGCUUAUGUUCAAAUGGUAUCACCGAUGGGAGUUCCAGUUGAUCAAAAAUCUACAACAGCAGUGCCUGGUUCAAAGAAGAAUACAUCAUCAUCAGCAGCAGCAGCCAAUGAUGAUGCCGAAUACUUUUCUGACGAUUAA